AUGAGAAUGCCUCAAAUAAUGGUCGAGGCAUUCGCAAAAGGUCUGAUUGAUAAGAUCAUGCUGGAAGCUUUCGACACCAUGGAUCCCAACGACGAACCGCUGUCAAAGAAAUUACGAAUGCUGGGUGAUAGAGAAGAACCAGCCGGUACCCAAUCGCAGUCGACGCAUGCAUCGUUACAAAUUCAAGACUCUGAAACCACGGAACUCAUAGAGAAGAUGGUAUGCGGAUUGCGUAACUUGCAAAUUGGCGAUUCAACUUGCGUGCCGUCGCUCUUAUCUAACCUAGAAAAACAGGUGAAGCACGUCGUGUGCACCAUCGACAGCGUUUCGACAGCAGAAGCACCCAAGGCAGCAGAGAUGACCGUCACUCAGGGUCAAGGCGACGUGCACCAGAUAAUACAUAACGCGGUUAUCGAGACGCCAACGGAUCCGUCGUGUGCUCGCAAGGAAAAGGAGAUCCACGACUCGAACGAGAUAACCAGAGUGUCGGUCAGCCUGCUCCAUCGAAUGAUAGAGGAACUGGAAACGAAAGGGGACGAAGCCAUCGACUUGGAUCAAAACGAGUCCGACUCUGUUCGCCAAGAAGGGAUCGCAGCUUGGGAGGAAACGGAGGAGCAGUUCAUAAGAACCAUCGAGAGCGUCGACGAGGAGGGUAACGUUGCUUUCCCAUCCGAAAGUAGCUCUAACGAUAAUGACCACGACGAGCAAUUAUCAACUUUGUGCCUCGUACACGACAACUGCCUGGAGGAAGUAGUCGUCGAAGAAAUAACGCCCUCGCCGCUUCCUGGCCUCUCCUCGUCGGAAAUCGAACUCGACGAACGCAACAGCUUCUGCUCUGUCAUGAACUCGCAACAUCGGAAGAAGAAAGGAAUGUUCCAUAGAAUACGAAAAAUGUGGCGAAGAGCCUUCGGCUGCCGAAGGAAUUGACGCAACGUCGAAUCGUGGUUCCUGUCAUCCUUCGACGGGGUUCAGGGACGCAUGAGGACUCAUCGAGAACGCAGCGUUUCAAUGACCAGAUGCAGACCUACAUUUCGAGAAAGAAAUGUCUCGUUAGCCCGCGACAACACGAUGAAAAUAACUUAGGCAGCUUAGUCAUCGGCGGGUCACGGAUAAAACGCGCAGCUCGCGUACGCCAAGUCCUC